CGCGUUUCCAUGUCGUCUGUGUUUACAAUCGAUAACGAGUUGGCAAUUGUUUGCUGCUGUCUUCAAUAUUGCUUUUCAUCUGUCGAAACUAAAAUUCUCCGUUAAAGAUACGUAUUGAGCAAGCCUGUAUACAAACUGUUACAAUCAAGUUCAGCCUUGCCGAAGGAUGAAAGUGGAUGAGUUGAAAGAGAAGUCACAGAAGAGUAUAUCUUCUAAGUCACGAAGAGAGCAUAUCUGAAACCAGACUUCUUAGGAUUAAAGAAAGUUUGCUGCGAUUGUUGCCGAGGUGGUGCGUCCAAAAAUUCUUUGACAGAUUUACCGAAAACAUCUUCUGAUGCCAUGGAAUGUUUAGCUAUUGGAUCAGCCUGCUUCGUACCUGACUGUGUGAGAAAGGCUGCAGAAGAAGAAAAACUAGGACCGCUAGAUGGAAAAGACGGCCCGCACACUUUGACCUUCUUUGCCAUUAUUUUAACAAUCGAGAUACCAGUUGUAGUUGAAAUUAUUGAUUAUUAUUCUGUUAGCAUAACUUAUUCCGCUGAACAAGUAGCAGAAGAAUUGGAUUUACAUGUAACCAACCUAAUAAAUUGUAUUAAAACUGGAGGAGGUGAUGUUAUACAAUUUGAAGACGGAAUCCUACAAAGCAUGUGGACUGUAGAGCCCGACAACGCUGCAAAUAUUGCUAAACGAGUUUUAAAUGUAGCAUUGUUUAUACAGAAAAACUAUGAUGACACCAAGACUAAGUUUGGAAGAAAUUUAACAAACUUAAUAGGUAUUUCUAUUGGUGACGUAAAUAUGUUUUUUGUUGGGGCAGAAAGAAUACGAUACGUGUUGGUCGGAGAUGUCGUUCAGGAGUCUUUGCAUGCGUCAACAAUUUGUAUUCAACGAGCAGUAGUUGUAUCUCCGAAAUUCUGGGAGAAGCUAGCUUCAUCUGACAGCUACAAGUUUCAAACUCUUCAAGAUGAAUAUGUUAAAGUAUAUUCUGGGAAAGUGGUUCAAAGCCUCACGUCACUUUCUGGCAUGUUUGGAGACUUAAAGCAGAGGGACUCAAUACCUUCUGAUUCAGAACUGGCGACGUACUUAUGGAAGUAUUUACCUACACCUCAUGACCAAGCUCGAACCUAUGGACAAGUGCAAGUCAUGUCAUCUGUUUCACAGAUUAUCUCAGUCGCAAUUCAUUUUCACAAUCUAAACAUUUCUAAUCCUGACUCUUUACAAAAUGUAAUACUAGUAAUUGAAGAUAUCAUCCAGAAAAGUGGAGGCAUCCUUCGGAACGUUCUCUUCUUUGAUUUAAAUUUUACCGUAAGUAUAUGUUUUGGAUAUCCUGGUGCGAAACACAAUGAUGACGCUGUGAGAUCUAUUCUAUGCUCGCAAGAUAUUGUGAAAGUUUUAAGGAAACAAAAUGUAAGAGUAACUAUAGGAAUUUUCUCGGGCAUCGCAUUCUGUGGUGUUCUUGGUCCUCCAAUUCGAAAAAUAUGCGUCGUUCUAGGUUUGCCAAUUAAUAAUUCUUACUUAGGAAUCCGAUACUAUUCAGAGUUUGAGAUAAUUUGUGGCAUCAAUAUAUUUUUCGUAACAAGAAGAACAUUAGGGAAGAUUUUUGAAGCUGUGAAGGAGAACACAAGACGCAUAAAAAACCAGACAAUAUUCAAAGUGCAAGUAGAACCGGACGAGUUCAAACCGGACGCGAUUUGCUCCGGGAGAAAAGAAGAUAAAAAGAACUUCAAAGAAGCUAUGUUGAAAUUAAAAACAGAUAUAAUUCAUUUAAAAGAUACCCUUCCUUUAAUUAUCAUCACUGGAAAAUUGGGAUCAGGAAAAACAAUUUUUUUCAAUUGGGCUAUGGAGCAGUCACGGAAAUUGGGCUUCAAACUAACUGUUAACAUCAAAAACACUGUAUUCGAAGAGCCAUUCGACAACAGCUGGACAAUUGUGAAAACUGUAUUGAGAGAUUGCAAUAUCGAUAGCGAUCAAAAAGUGUUGGAUCUAUUUGGUGAUCCAAACGUCGAGGAAAUACCUCUUUAUUUACUGAAUAGGAUGAUCAAUACUUCGUUUCCAGUUCCAAGUAAAACAUUUAGUGAUAGUGAUUUGAGAGCACUGAUGGUGUCAAUUGUUAAGAAGUGUGUAAAAAAUCAACCAUUGAUUAUUGGUAUCGAUAAUGCAGAACAUACGGGUACUGAAUCGUGGCUUUUUCUGCAAGAUUUGCUUAUGGACCAUAUUGCAAUUGUCAUAGCAACUUUCACAACAGAAUUUCAUAGUGGAACUCCUUUUAUAAAGAAUAUCUUAGAGCACAAAUUCACAGAAGUGAAUCUCCUUCCCCUAAGUCUAGAAGAAAUUGGAAUCUUGGCAUGCCACAUCUUGAAUGUGCAAGCAAUUAACAAGGAAUUAGUGAAAUUACUUGAGGAGCACAGUAAAGGAAAUUCACUAUUGUUGCGAGAAAUAUUAAUGAUAAACCCUAUGAAGAAACAUCUGCACAUUUUACCCCGAAAUGAGAUUCCAGAUCAAGUGUUCGAGAGCUCUUUUUUACCCGCGGAAGAAACUGAUGAUUGUUCAAAAGAAAAUGAAGUUUGUGACAUCAAAAACCAAAAUGAAUUGCGGUCGUUGAAAAUACCUUCAAAUUUGAUAGAAAUUUUCAGAGAUCACACAGUAGGAUUAGGUGCUGAAGAGCAGAUGCUUCUGAGAAAAUGUGUCUUACUUGGAGAAUCAUUUGGCUUAUACGUCUUAGCAGCAGUAUGUCCGGAAUACCCAGCGGACGAGCUUUUGUUUAAAGCUCAAAACUUGAUGAAGAAGCACAUCCUGAUGUUCGGCUGCGAUCACUUGGGUAUAACAGAUGACAGGGACAGGCCAAGUAUAUAUAUCCACUACAUUUCUUUGGAAUUCUGUAGUCAUCCUCUGAAGUUCUCAAGUGAGUACAUGAGACGAUGUGUGAUUAACGCGAUGGCUGAGCGUCAGCGUGAGAGACUGAAUCUUUAUUUGGCUGAUUUGCUGAAGAUAUCAAGUAGAGUAUGCGAUGCCUGCAAAAGAGAAUCUGUAAUUCACCCCAGUAUCAUUAGAAACUAUCGAUUACCACAUAUAGAUAUGCGGCUUUGUCACUGCUUGAGUCUCAGAACGCACGUACUUUUGCAAAUUGAAUAUCAGUUACAGAAAGGUAUUGCUCCAGUAGAAGAGAGAACAGCGACUCUACUUUCAGCAGCUGAAGAAGGACUAAAAACUAAAAAUUACGACUUGGUAGAGAAUAUCAUUAACAAAGCCAAACGUUUGGUAAGCGUUGCUGAAUCAGCUGAAGAGGCAGAUGCAGUUCAAGUUUCUUCGGAUAAAGUAACUAUUAGCCGACUAAGAGCUCAGCUUAAAAUGAAGCUGGGUAAAAAUACCGAAGCUUUGCGAUAUUUGAAGCAAGCUAUGCUAUUAAUGGGCAUCACUUUUCCAGCAGAUAUAAAACAAAACAUCUAUAAGAAAAAGAAAUUUGAUGGGACUUUAGGAAGAGAAGAAGUGAAGUGUUUAGGAGUUGGUAGUUUUAUAACAAUGGCAUUGGGUGAUUACGACUUUGCUUACGAUUUGGCUAAACUACAACUUAAAUUCCUCUUGAAAGAAGGUUAUACUUUCGAUGAAAUUAUUUUAACGAAGACAGGUGCCCUCAACGCCGUAGCGAAAUCGAAACCAGGAAAAAGCAGAGAAUCUGCCACAAAAAAAUACUCAAGUGAAAUCGAACAACAAUGUUUUCGGCGACUCAUCGAUUAUCCUGUGUUAGACAUAACAGAAAUCAAUGUUGUAGCUAAAGCUUUUAUAACAAUCAUACGACUUUCAUUAGAGAAAGCAGAACUCGAAGUAGCUGAGGAACUGGGACGUAAGGCUUAUGAAUUGAUGAAAAUUGUAAAAAAUCAAAAAGCCUUGUCUCGUAUCUUGGGUCUCAUGGCUUUGAUAUACGAUUAUCUGCAGAACUUUGAUAAGUGCGUGGAGAUAGUGAAUCAGCUUCAAGACGCAGUUUUACAAAGCGAUGAUGUUAUUGCUCAAAUAUACUACUACAUUGCGCUCGUCAAAACACUAAAUGAAGAAAAAUCCUUUCCAGAAAUGCAAUCAAAAGAGCAAAUACAUUGGUAUUAA